AUGGGCUGGCUGCCAUUCACGACGGCCUCGCGCGGGGACGAGAUCCGCAGCGGCGCAGCCAUCCCGACGCGCUCGGAGCGCGCGGUGUGCUGGGCCGCGCGCGACGCCUACUUUGGCUGCCUGGACGCGCACAGCAUCAUCGACGCGUCCAAGGCGCCGGGCGCGGGCGCGGCGGCGGCCGCCUGCCCGGAGACGUCGGCCGCGUUUGAGAAGGACUGCGCCGCGGCGUGGGUCAAGUACUUCAAGCAGUGGCGCGUGGCGGACGCGCAGAAGCGCCGCCGCAUCGAGCAGCUGCAGGCCGAGGGCGCCGUCGAGGCCGCCGUCAGCAGCAGCUUCGCCGGCGGCGGCAACAUUGCUGCCCCCGCCAGGGCGCAGGCCACAAAGGAGGAUAUUCAGGCCAUGCUGGAUAAGAAGCGCGGGUAA